GGAGGUGACUCAUUGUGAUUGGAUUUAGUGUCUUUGCAUUCGCUAGCAGGUCAAAAUGCAAAUCUUCACUAAGACUUUGACCGGCAAGACUAUUGCCUUGGAAGUGGAAUCCAGUGACACCAUAGAAAAGAUCCAGGAUAAAGAGCUCAUUAUUGCAGGCAAGCAUCUGGAAGAUGACCAGGCUCUUUUUGAUUACAAUAUCCUGAAAGGGUCGACCCUGUACCCUGCCCUGCAUCUGAGGCGUGGUAUGCAGAUGUUUGCGAAGACCCUGACUGGCAAGACCAUCACUCUGGAGGUGGAGCCCAGUGACACCAUUGAGAAUGUGAAAGCUAAGAUCCAAGAUAAAGAAGGGAUCUGCCCUGACCAGCAGAGGCUCACCUUUUUGCAGGCAAAGCUGCUGGAAGAUAGCCGCACUCUUUCUGAUUACAGCACCCAGAAAGGAUCAACCCUGCACCUGGUUCUCCAUCUGAGGGGUGGCUGUUAAUUCUUCAGUCUUGAAUUUAUAUACCCAAUGAUGGCAUUACUCUGCGUUCUAGCCAUUUGUCCCACUCUAGGUUUAGAUAUUACCAGUUUCAUUAAAGCUGAAUUGAUGUUUCUUUCGAUAGCUAUUCAAAAUGUUAAUAAAGGUUUUGUUGCAUGGUAAAAAAAA